AUGGAGUAUACGCUACAGUUGACUUUUCGUCAAUUUUGGCAGGAUCCGAGGUUAGCAUACGCGACAAUGUUUCCAGGACGGUUGAUACCGAAUUUUUUGGUGAUAACUAAACCUCACCUUAUCUGGACUCCAGACACGUUCUUCAUGAACGAGAAGAAACGCCAUACAAUAGAUAAACUCAAUGUUAUGUCAAGAAUCUAUGCAAACGGAGAUGUUCUGUACUCAGAACGAAUAUCUCUUACUUUGUCUUGUGCUAUGCACUUACAGAAAUAUCCGAUGGACGAGCAAAUAUGCGGCUUAUAUUUGGCAUCAUACGCUUACACGAGUGAUGAUAUAGUUUAUCGCUGGAAAACCGAAGACCCCAUCCAAUUACAUCCGUUUGUGAAUACUUCGCUGCCAAAUUUUUCUGUGGAGCUAACUGAAAUUUCUACCUGCACUGAUACAACAGCUACGGGGGAAUAUUCUUAUUAUUUUGUCCAAAUCUACCUACCUUCCACGCUGCUUGUCAUCGUUUCUUGGGUAUCAUUUUGGUUAGACAGAGACGCUGUUCCUGCCAGGGUCACACUGGGAGUUACAACACUCUUAACCAUGACUACUACGGCCAUAGGGAUCAAUAGCAGCCUUCCAGCAGUAUCCUACAUCAAAGCUGUGGAUGUUUGGGUUGGUGUUUGUUUGGCGUUUAUCUUUGCGACCGUGCUCGAAUACGCUUUUGUAUCGUACCAAGGUGGUUUGCCGAAAUAUAGCAAGCAACGCAAACUACAAGAGCACGAAGCUGAGCGUGAACGUGAUAAUGAAGACUCACAUGCUUCUCCGCGCAAAGACAGCUUGGGGAAAGACGAGCACGAAGUGCAGAGGUUCAUAAAAGCUAGAGUAGCUGAACUUAACGACUUACCCUUACUGGAUUGGUGGCAAAAAUGGAAAGUUGACGCAGACUCUCCGAAGAUGAUUGACCUAAGAUCACGUAUACUGUUCCCGGCACUAUUCGUGCUUUUCAAUGUGUUCUACUGGGUGUGGUACUCGGAGCUCUGAACGCAUGUACUGUUCGCGCUGAAGAUGUAUUCCAAAUGCGACUUAUCUAUACAUAAUUAGAAUUCACUGUCUCUAAGGUUCCGGCUUAUAUGUCCGUGUUUAAUGGAAAAAUGCU